CUUUAUCUGUAUUUAUCUUACUAUCUUUUAUUACAUUUUACUAUAUUUGGUUUUUCAAUUGAUUGACUAGUGAUUCAAGUCUCCGUGUUUAUUUUUCUUUUCAUUACAUUUGCAACGGUUUAUUCCAAUUGCGCAUUAUCAAGUGUUAAUUUUUAGUUCAAAAUGAGCUUUAAAGGGUUUAGUAAAGCGAUUAGCAGGGGACCACAGACUUUCCGCCAAAAAAUCAAUGUGGGCAAUAGUACAAGCGAUGAUAUAUAUCUUGAUUCUGAAAGGAGGUUCAAAGAAAUUGAAACAGAAACCAAAAAAUUAAGCGAGGAAAGCAAAAGAUACUUUGCUGCUGUCAAUGGAAUGUUAGAUCACCAAAUUGAGUUUUCUAAAGCUAUAGAAGAAAUCUAUAAACCAAUCAGUGGGGUUCCAUCCAAUUCCAAUGUGAAUUCAAACUUACUUAUAGCUGAAGAUAAUCCUCAGGGCAUUGAAGCGAGUGAAGCCUAUCGUGCAGUGGUUAUUGAAUUGAAAAGCACUUUGGCUCCCGACUUAGAAUUAAUUCAAAAUAGAAUCAUUAACCCAUCCCAAGAUUUACUAUCAAUUAUCACUUCAAUUAGAAAGAUGUCAACUAAAAGAGAACAUAAGCGUGUUGAUUUAGAUCGCCAUUUAAACACUUUUCAAAGAUAUGAAAACAAAAAAGAUCAAACCGCCAAGGAUAUUGAAAAAUUAUCAAAAGCCCAAUCAAAUGUUCAAAUAGCUCAGGAAGAAUACGAUUACUAUAACAAUAUGCUCAAAAACGAUCUACCAAUUUUCUUCAAAUUAGAAGCAGAUUUCAUUCAACCGUUGUUCAUUUCAUUUUAUUAUAUGCAAUUGAAUAUUUUUUACACUUUAUACAACAGAAUGGAAGAGUUGAAAAUUCCAUAUUUUGAUUUGGAUUCUGAUAUUGUUGAAUGUUUUAACAAUAAAGUUGGUGAUGUCCAUGAAAGAACACAAAAUAUCAAAAUCGUCAACUUUAAAGCUGAUCAUGCUAGAAACAAGCUAGAAAUUGCAAAAAAGAAGUUUGCAUCGAAAAAGGAAGAAGCUGAUGCUGAAUAUCAAACCAAUCAAUCAUCAGGUUACUCGCAUUCCUUUUCCCAUUCUCCUCUACCUGUUUAUACUCCCCCAGCUUCCUCAAUUGAAACCAAUCAGCCAACCCAAGUUGCUCAGAAUAACCCACCAAGCUACGAUCAAACUUAUUCUGCUCAACCACAAGAAAAGAAAAGCUAUGCUCCAGCAGUGGGCGGAAGACCAGCAGCGGCACCAAGAGCAGUCGAAACAUGCACUGCAUUGUAUGAUUAUGCAGCACAAGCUGAGGGAGAUUUGAGCUUUAACGCCGGUUCAGUGAUUGAGAUUGUUCAAAGGACGUCGGAUUCAAAUGGAUGGUGGACUGGGCAAUUGAACGGCCGAGUUGGUGUAUUUCCGGGAAAUUAUGUUCAAUUGAAUUGAAUAGAAUUGACUGACUUGGAUUGAGUUUUCUGUUUUUGAUUAUUGAGUUGUUUUUUUUUAUAUACAUCAUUUUUUUUCUAUUUUUAUUAUUAUUAUUAUUAUUAUUAAAUAUCGAUUUAAUGCAUUGAUUUAUAAUUUAAAUUUAU